UUAGAAUUGUUGGCGAAUCGAGAAAGAAGCAAUCGAGAGAGAAGAGAAAAAAAGUUCCAAGUCAAAGAAAAUAUAUUUCCAAGCGAAAAAAUUUAAACCGAGCAGCAGCAAAGGAAGCAAAUCGAUAUCGUGAGAAACUAAAAAAGCGAAUUAUCCUGAACCGGUAAAUACAAAAGAAGGGAAUAUUGUGGCACAGAGAAAAAACAACGUUCCACCCCUACCCUUUCUAAAGGAUAAGGAAGCACCAGCAUCCAUUAGUGUGCGAGAACGAUAAGCGCAAACUGAGAAAUAGUACGCACUUCAAAACGAUCCACUUCAACCGCUUUAAGCGAGCGCACGUGUGCGUGAGUUUGCGCGUGUGUGUGCGAUUUGAGUACGAACGCGCACGGCAAAAUUGUCUACAUCGCGAGGGCAAAAUUUGGAUUUCGAUUUCGAUCGACGAUAAAACCUUACAUCCUUCCUCCUCCACGGCUCAAAAACGCCAAAGCAGAUUCAGCAGACUCUUUGGUUAGAGUUUUGUGUUACACGAGAGAGAGAGCGAGAGAGGAUUUCUUCCAGAGCUUGUUUUGUUGGGUUAAGAUUGAUCGCGUUUCCGGAACACACGUUUCUUCUAGGGGAGAAGAAUUUGAAGAAGAAAAAAAUCAUACAUUACUAUUACCUGUGCAAUCAUAUUGUACACGCGGACGUGAAGAGCAAUAGAUCACCCGCUCCCGGUCGUGUUAUUAUAAAAAAAAAAACAGUGUGUGCUUAGUGAGAGGUUAACGUGCGCAAAAACAUAAACAUUGGAAAAUACGUUACAAGCACCCCUUCACACACUCACUCUAUUGCACGUAAAAGCCGGCUUGCAUAGCAGAGCAAGGUACGGUGUGAGAAUAAAAGACUUUUUUAAUUUAUUUACGUUUGAUAAAGCAGCAAGUGUGUGUGCGUGUGUGUGUGGAGAAGCGCUAAAUGUGUAGCGAAGAAAGCAGGUCGAAAACGGCGAACAUAAAAAGGAUUGGUGGUUUCAAGCGAAGGUGAAGAAAAGUGCCCCCGGGGAAAAAAAGAGAAAGAUCAGAUUGAAAGCGUAGAAAAUACAUUCUUCCUACAACAAUAAUAUACGUAUAUACAAACACACAAAAUCACAAUCACACGAAAAAGAAACACAUUUCAACAGAACGUGGCGAUUUGUGUGUGUGUGUGGCGUUUCGGCGCACCCGCUGUGAAGCAGGGAGAGAAGGCAGACACGAGGAGACACCAACCAAGCAGAUGCUGUCGGCUGCGUAGCUAAGAACGACAAACGGGCAUCAAGUGAUUAACAUUAAACGAAAAAAUUGUGAAUAUUAGAUCGGUAGUGGCUUUAGGCAGUAAGUGUGUGGGUAUAAGGUGAAAGCUGUAAUUUUAAGUGCAAAACAAAACCCCCGGUACCCGAACCCCGGCGGCGGCGGCGUAGGUGUGUCACGUAGUCAAAAAGCAAAGGUUAAGAGGAGACUCGUCUUGCGAAAAAAGAAAACAAAAUCGGAAGCAGAAUAAUCACACCACAACCCCUGUGUUGAACCCCACCGUGAACCGUGUGGCGCUAAUGGGUACAGUGUAAAAUAUUGCUAAUACUUAGUACUACUAUUACUACUACUACUACUAUUACCACUACUACGGCAAGUCAUAAUUGUUUUCGGUUUAUCGUUUUUAAACUGAAACUAUCAGCAGCAAAUACCGGCAAAACAUUAGUCUACUUGUAAUUUCGUGCGGAAGGCAAAGCAAAUUGGUGCGCCUGUGUGUGUGUGUGUGGUGCACAAAAAAUAGGAAAAUUUCUAUUGUUCAAAAAGUAGAGCGAGAGCGAGAGAGAGAUAGAGAGUGAAAGAAGUUUAUAAAAGAAUCAAGAGCUAAAAGUCAACUUGUGUCAGCGUCAUGAUGACUGAAACGUUGAAUUCGAAUAAUCAUCUCAGCCAGAAAGGCGAGAACAACAAAGUUGGUGACAUGGGAUGGAAGGCCAAACUUAAAAUACCGCCCAAAGAUACUAGAGUUAAGACUAGUGAUGUUACUGAUACCCGAGGAAACGAGUUCGAGGAGUUCUGCCUGAAGCGGCCGCUGCUGAUGGGCAUCUUCGAGAAGGGUUGGGAGAAACCGUCCCCGAUCCAGGAGGCGGCCAUCCCGAUCGCCCUGGUCGGCAAGGACAUCCUGGCGCGGGCGAAGAACGGCACCGGCAAGACGGGCGCGUACAGCAUCCCUGUACUGGAGCAGGUCGACCCGACCAAGGACUACAUUCAGGCACUGAUCAUAGUGCCGACGCGCGAGCUGGCCCUGCAGACGUCACAGAUCUGCAUCGAGCUGGCGAAGCACAUGAACAUUCGCGUCAUGGUGACGACCGGUGGAACCAACCUGAAGGAUGAUAUCAUGAGAAUUUAUCAGAAAGUGCAAGUGAUCAUUGCCACGCCCGGCCGUAUCCUCGAUCUCAUGGACAAGGAGGUGGCCAACAUGUCCCAGUGCCGGAUGCUAGUAUUAGACGAGGCGGACAAGCUGCUGUCGCAGGACUUCAAAGGCAUGCUGGAUCAUGUCAUAAUGAGAUUGCCAAAGGAGCGCCAGAUCCUGCUGUUCUCCGCGACAUUCCCACUGAGCGUGAAGAACUUCAUGGAGAAGCAUCUGCGCGAUCCGUACGAGAUCAACCUGAUGGAGGAGCUGACGCUGAAGGGCGUCACGCAGUACUACGCGUUCGUGCAGGAGCGCCAGAAGGUGCACUGUCUCAACACGCUCUUCUCGAAGCUCCAGAUCAACCAGUCGAUCAUCUUCUGCAAUUCGACGCAGCGUGUCGAACUGCUCGCGAAAAAGAUUACUGAGCUGGGCUACUGCUGCUACUACAUCCACGCCCGCAUGCAGCAGGCCCACCGGAACCGGGUGUUCCACGACUUCCGGUCGGGGCUGUGCCGGAACCUGGUCUGCUCCGAUCUCUUCACUCGUGGUAUCGACGUACAGGCUGUGAACGUUGUAAUUAAUUUCGAUUUCCCCAAGAUGGCAGAGACCUACCUGCACAGAAUCGGUAGAUCCGGACGCUUCGGACAUUUGGGUAUCGCCAUCAAUCUAAUCACCUACGAGGAUCGUUUCGAUCUUCACCGCAUUGAGAAGGAGCUGGGCACGGAAAUUAAGCCCAUCCCGAAGGUGAUCGAUCCGGCACUGUACGUACCGCGGCCGGAUGAUCCUAACAGCACGCAAGAGGAGCAAAACGUCAGUAAAUAAGUAAGAAGAACGAAGGAGAAGGAGGUGGAGAAGGGUGAGAAGGGUGAGCUGAGUCGUGGCGUGUGUGAUAUAUAGAAUGUUGGUGUGAAGAAUGGUGCGCGCAGGGGCGUACCAAGAACGGAGAAAACAUUUAAUUUUUGCACAGAGCGAGAGAGAGAGAACGAAGAAGAAGAGAAGGAAGGUGUGGUGGUUCUGAAAGGUUUUGGAAUAUCGGGAGAACGAAAGGCAGGGGAAGCGAGAAGAGGAAGGAGAUGAGAAAUGAAGUGUACAAACUACAAACACACAACACAGCAAACGUACGUCACCCAGAGUAGGAAAUGUGUGAAGAGAGAAAGCCAAAUAAGUCGAAGAAACGUUUGAUGAGCCGGAGCAUUCUAAUGUAAGUCUUUUCGUUAUUAUCAUGAAUGCCAGAAAGCCAAGGUAUGUGCGCGUGUGUGUAUCGUACGGUGCUUGCGCACUUUAAACAAUGAGGAAAAGAAGAUAUUUUACAGAACCUAAAUUAGAACAAUGUUAACAGAACACAACAACGUACACAGAGGCAAUAGAGAGGCGGUGGUGUGUCUGCCCCAGGGUGUUGAAAGAUCGAAGGAGAACAAAAAGGUCAAGAAUCAUUCAGACGUCGUCAUCACUUUUCUUAAGGCCAGAGCAAAGCUUCUCGCCAUCGUACAGAAGAAGCACCGCACCGGCAAAUUUUCAGUAAGCAAUCGUGCAAUCGAAUCGUGAAAGUUCUCGCUAUUGCUUUUCUCAACAACAAUGCCUUUGAGAUUGCGCUAGUCGCGUGGAAACUAAAGAUAUGAUGUUUUCCUCCUUUCCUAAUGUUGGAAUGAACUUUUAUUCCUCUUUAGAGAAUGCGAGGAAAUGUCAUUGGGACAGUGUUGCACACUUCUGCAGAACACGAGGAGCGGGUAAAAUAAUACCGGGUACAUGCUGCUUGUUGUGUACUAUUUUUUUUUUGGUUGGGUUGCGUGGACAAAACGAACACCACCGUGUAAGAGCAAUCCAGAGUUUCCGCGUUCUGUCCUGUCCAAUUCGAGCUCUAUGUGUGAUAAUCAGGCUCGAUUCUAGGCGACGCUAAGAAGAGUCUCAGAGGCAUUUGUAAGGGAAGAGUAUUGAACGCUUUUGACAAAAUUCACCACGCGCGCAUACUGAGGGUGGCGGAUCGUUUGCGUACAGGGCAAGCACACAAGGGGGAGUUAGAACCAUUACCUCCUUGGCGUGAAGCGCCUGAGCGUUCUCUGCUGUGUAUAGCGAUUCAUCGUCAUCACAUCCAAACGAUUGCAAUUACUUUUUACGUAUAUCGACUUUUUCUAUCGAUGUUGGAGAGCGUAAGAAAUUGUGUGUGAUUGCAUUUUGUUGUUGUCGUGUGAAACAGGCAAUCGUCAUUCGGUGUCGUUGCUCAAAACGUUAGAGAACACUUUCUAUCCCGAUUAUAGGCCAACAGACGAACGCGUAUUUAUUCUUACCACACAUCAUCAGGUGUACAUCAUUCCUCUCUUCGUUCCCCCGUCCCCGUAUCGUUCUUUGUGUCUCCCAUAUUCGGUACCAAAAUCAUAAAACAAAACCAUUAUAUCAUGCAUUAUCAGCUACUACUACUACAGCCAAGCGUAGAGAGGGAGGAAGGUGGGAAGCCAGCAAAGAAAAAGCGUGAAAAGCGCAGUAAGGAGUAAACAGAUCAGUCUGCGCGUGUGUGUGGGCUCCCUGUUGAGCGCGCAGAGGCAAAUUUGGAAAACAAAACUGCGGGAAGCAAAAGCACAGCAGGGGAAAGGAUGGAUUUUUAGAAUGUGAUGAACGAAGAAGCGAAUGAAACGUUUCUGUGGAAGGGAUGAGAAUAUAGUAGGCAGACAGAGGGAAAACCGUAUACAACAAACGUGGUUACAAUAGCGUGGGAAGAAAUCAGGAAUUCUUGGUUUGAUAAGAUUAUGUUCGAAUCGGAAUGUGAGUCAAACGGCUAAUACUACAAAAUGGAGGAAAUUGUUUUGGACGCAGAUUUUUUGUUUGUUUGUAUUAUUGAGCGCAUUACAUUUGAAUUAUUUUUUUUUUCGUAAUCGUUAUUUCUCUCUCGACGGAAGAAUCAUGGGUCGAUACUACACAUAUAUGUUUCUGACACAAUCGUGUGGUGUGUUGCUCUGUUGCUGUGCUAAACCUUCCCCUAUCGCGGGAAACGUGUGACCACCGUGUUGUAGUUGUGUGUUGUGUUUGUGUGUGGCAACCAAAAUCCGCUAGGGACGCUUAUCUCUGCUAUCGGUGUACUACUGCGUAGUGCAAUGCAGCAGAAACGACCCCGAAGCGGACUGAUGGUCCAUGAAUGUGUGUGAUAAGCGUAUGACUGGGAAUAUGAUUGGUAUUGGAAUGUGAGAUGUACACAACGAGAAAAAAAAAAAAAUACACGGCAGGCGGGGCUGCCCCUGCCAACACGUACGGUUUGCUAUCAAGAGCACAGUAAAGCACACGGACGGAGCACAAUGUUGAAGCACCAGGAGUAGUUUCAAUACAUUUGUUUUGUUUAAUAGUAUUCGAUUGUAAAACAAAAAAACCUAAACUCAGUUUGAAACGUGUUGAUGCGGGAAGACAGCUCUCAAAACCGUGACAAACGGAUGGAACACCAUAUGAGAAAAGCAUGUUUUCUUUUUGGAUAACGCAUUCGGAACAAGAGAAAAGAGCAUAUUGAAAAGCUGAGAUACAAUGAGAGAGAGAGAGAGAGAGAGAGAAAAGGAGAGCUGAGAACACAAUGUACAUAUGAACAAUAGAUUAAUAUUAGCGAUUAAGAUUGUAAAGAAGAGGGAGAGACGGUGGUGAGAAAAGUCUGCAACAAUCUACUUACGAAGCAGAGAGAGAUACCUAAACAAUAUCGACCACAAUGAGACCGAAUUUGACGGGUGUGUAGUGAAGAAAGUGGAGAGGGAAAAGUUACAAACCAUGAUGUAAAAAAACGAUCCACACAAAUCAGCUCAUGGAUAUAUUGAAAUCAGAAGUGUCUGUAACACCACAGACAAGCCAGGAACACAUUAGUGAACAAGUCCCAAUCGGAAGCAGUCUGGGAGAGAGCUCCUACGAGAAGGAUUAUAUUCCUAUACUUGGAACGGUGGUAAACUGGAGAUACUAACAAGAAUUGAACGCGUGACCCCCGACCAUUCCUUGUGUCGAAGAGAAGAAGUGGUGGACAUUUCGCGCAGUGAAUUGAAGCACCUUUUUUUUUUGGAAAAUUUUCGAGCAGCGCAUCAGGGUUCCGAGGUGAAAUGUGCACCCCUUAAAGUGGUGCUCUUCCCUGACCAUUGUGCCACAUGUUAACUGGAUUUUAAUGAGACUAUUGAGGAUCCAUGCGAACAGGAAGAGGAUGGUUGCAAUGUGCAGGAUACGUAUUUUAGAACCCCGAAUUUGCUCUGAUGGUUCACAGAGGUGAUGAACCUUUGAAAGGAGACGACUGCAAAUGUGUUUCUUUGCUGUAUGCUGCACCAUCAGUUUGCGUUUGGGCCGCAGUUAGUUCGGGUGUAUGCAUGCGAUGCAAUAAUUGAGACUGACGAUAACAAUUGUUGAACUGAAAGCCAAAAGCUAACAUGACAAGCCUGCUCGCACAAAGAGAAAGGAGUUUCGGCUUUGCAUCAAAUCCAAUUCUUGCCAGUUUUGACACCCUUUGGCCUGUGAGUGUAAAGAGUUCGAGGCGUGUAGAGCUUUAGUCAGUCGAGGAAAUCCCCUAAAGAUCAUGUCAUUUGGAUCAUCCCCUAAAGAUCAUCAUGAAAUCCCUAAAGAUCAUCACGGGAGUCAUUUGCAAAGCUUUUUUUUUGAUGAUAACAAAACAGAAGGGAACAACAGCGACAAACACGCACUGAGUGCGAAUAUGAAGGAGGAGAGCCUUAGCCGCGGCCCCAUCUUUGUUUUACUCUAUUUUUGGGAUCAGUGAAAGGACGAUCCUCUUUUCUUAACGGCCUUUGACGGAAUCCGAGAUAGGUUUUUGUUCUGUGCAUACUUAAAAAGACGAAAAAGACGGUGGUGGGCGGCUCGGCUGGGCUCUAGUGAUUCAAAUGCAUCAUCUUCCACACCAUUUAUUCUGCGAUCCGUGUUCGAUAUGUGCUCUUUCAAAUUGCGAUACUCCUAUACCCCCUACUAUGAGGCCUUUCUUCAGCUCGACUUGAGCGGGGGCUGGUGGGAAAUUAAUUUAGAAUAAUUGUGCGUGCGUAUGAUUGUGAAUGGAAGAGAUGAUGGUCAAGAAUGGCUGCGGCGUAUUGCAUGAAUUGGGAUAUUAGGUGUGUACGAUGCGUUGAUGUGAAUGCGUGAUACAGGAAUGUUCGUUGUGACCAUCGAUAAGAGUGAAUGUUGCAUUUCGAAUGAAUGGGAAGCGAGACAAGAUGAAUGUGUAAACGUCUGUGUGCGUGUGUUAAUUUACUUUUACAAGUUAGAAAAUUGGAGCAAAUCGAAUGACGUCGGCUGCAGAGACAAACAAAUGGAAUUCGCGGAGUAUAUUCCGCACAUUAGAUUGUGCCAUAUACAGUUUUUUUUCAUACACACCCCAUUGGUCGGGAAGAUAAAUUUCUUUUGUAAAAGUGUGUGAUACUCAUUCAUCAGGCCAGCAGCUCGAUUUCCAUCCAACAGCGAGAGUUUAACGAUUACAAAAUUGUACAUCAUCAAUAGGCCAAAGUAUCCACGCAAAAAGGGGAAUCUUCGGUUGGGAAAAUUAUCUUCUACCAAAAUGACGGGGAGAAACCAUCAUCCUUGUGUGUGUGUGGCCAAUCGUGAUAAAACCAACGAUCUAGAUUGCUUACCCAUUUGGACGCCAUUGGGACUCGGUGGCCAUCAAAAGGGUAGAAGCAAGUCCUUUUUUAAAAUAAAAGGAUCAUCAUUAGAUGCCUUUUUAGAAGUUUGGGGGCCUAAAGUGGUUUUUUCGUAGGAUCCCCCUAUAUCGGUGUUGGCAGAAUGUUGUCUCUCUUAAGUAUUAUUUCGGUAAUAGCGUAUGGUAAACUCAUUUAACUCAUCGACGACAACAAAACAAAAAGAAACGAACAUACGUAUAUAGACGAUGGAAAGCGAAGAAUGUGACAAAAAAAAAGAAAAGAAGAAAAAACAGCAAAACAAUUACUUCAACGUACCUGCAUUUUACACGAAGACAAUUAAGAUAUGAAGACAUGUCCAGAAUCAAAACGCUCUUUAAGAAGUAAAGAUCUGAACUGUGUGUUUUUUUUUGCGGACGUGUGGUGUGGUGCGAAACGACAAUUCUGUUUUGGUGUAGACCUCCAAGUGUGUUAAUUCAUAUUGCCUACUACUAGUUGAAAAUGAAGCAAAUCCAAUUUUAGGUUGUUGAAGGAAGCGCAUUAUAUAAAUUGUAUUGAUGAAAUCUAAUCGAAAAGCACGAAACACGUCCGUCGUCAAACAAGCCAUCGCUUCCAAACAUCCGGUCCGGUUUUCUAUCACUACACCUUGGCUUGUGUGUGAUCUAGGUAGUUAAUGGGUGAAGAAUGAUUUUUUGAAUAGCCUACGAGAAUCAACACUUGCAAAAUUGUUCCAAUUCGAUUUAUGAUGAUGUGAAAUUUUGUUUUCCAAUAUAAUUUUGUUAAAGCCAGUGUCCUUUGUAAGCGUGAUCCACAUGCGGAUGAAAAAAAAACAGACGUAAGAACGUGUUAAAAAAGAACUUAAACGCAACGCGGGCGAGAAACGUGAGCUCUCCGUGCCUAUUAGACCCGAGACAUACGAAAGCUAGUAACAUUCAACGCCAACAAAACAAGCAAAUCGAAGAUUCCUCACAAAUCAAAGCUAUUUUUUCCUUAAAGGUAGGCCAAGCUAUAAUCCCCUGGCGGGUGCUGUUCACGCAAUGCGUUCAAACUUCGAUGAAUUCUCAUUUCAUAUUCCGACACAAAUUGUGCACCACGACGGUAUUCCAAAACUUCGAUUAAUCUUAAUAUAAUAUUUUACAGCAGCAAUGCGAUAAUGAUGAAUUGAUUACAAAUAGCACUGAUCAAACUUUGAUUGAACUUCAGGACAAAAAAGCAAACAGUAUUCCGAAAGCUUACCAUGAAAUUUGGCGAAACGUGAAUGGCCCAACAGGGGAGAAAGCAUAGAAACAACAUCAACAAUGGCCUAUUGAAGAUAGCAGUUUUUAAGUGGCUUUGAUUUGUGAAACACAGGAAAGAGGGAGAGAAAUAUGAAGUGGGAAUAAGAGCAGAGCAGAGUGGAUAUAAAACAAACAUUAAUUCAUUCCCAAUUAUAGCAGAGGAAGAGAGAAAGAGAGAGAACUAAUGAACUGAAGCAGAACAAUAACAUCGAAAUGAUACAUCUCAUAAUUCCAUCACAAAAUGGGACUGCUACCACAAACUACUUCUGCUUGUUAACAGCGAGGAGAAAAAAUAAUGUACAAAUCGGGUGCAUGAUGUGUGUGUGUGUGAGUGCGGGAUAAGGCACAAACAAAUCAGCGUGUCGUGGUGUGCGUGUGUGUGUGUGUGUAUGUGUGUGCUUGCGUGUGUGUCCUCGGAGUGAGCGAUUUUCUUACUCUAAAUCUACUCCUAUUGGUGUUAAGUAGCAAAUGGAAUCGGCGAGUUUUUACAGAAAAUACCAUCCAAUCGAGAAUAAUAUUGUCGUAUUAUAAAUCAGGAGGAAAACAAGAAGAACCCUUUGUCUUUGCCCUAUGGCGAUGGAGCGGGGAAGACUACUAAUGCGUUUGCGCGUGCGCGUGUGUGCGCAAAUGCAUCUGAAAUGGCGCACACAUCUUAACGGUGUUACGCAAAGUUAGGAAAAAAUCGUUUUUAAUGUUUUAUCACCCACAACAGAGACGCGCACACCAACCAAAAGGAGUGCAACAAUCAAUCAAUAUCUAACGAGUGAGUAAAAAAGGAACCAAGAGCAGGGAAAAGUGGUAAAACAAAUAGCAAUGGUGUGGCGUUUAAAACGUGACGGAGGAGAGAAGAAGCACAAUAGAAGAGCGGUAAGAGAAAAGCAACUCAAAUCGUGUUUUUGUGGAAGAGGGGAAAGUUUUAACACACACGUUGUUUUACUACAGCGAACAAAAUCAACCACAACAAUGAAAAUCAAUCAGUACAUGAAAAUCAAGCAACAGAAAAAUGAACACAAGAAUCAAGCACCAACAGCAAAACAAAACAUGUGAAAACGAUCAAACAUGUCUUCCCCUAAUCUUUGGUGUGCAGGGCGAACGACGAUAAAUGUGAGAACGACACGGUACCUGAAAUUUGUAAACGUUAACGUAGGAAUAGGUUUAGACACGAUUUUAACUCACAAAGAGAGAUAGUACGAGAGAGAAAAAAUGGAACAACAACAACAACCACAACCAGAAGAAAAACAACCCGACAUCAAAUUAAAAAAAAAUGGGCAAAAAACAAAACAAAAAAAAAACAUACAA